CGCGGGAAAAGUUGUGUGUCGUGUCUGAAGGCAACAGGGGGUUGGGGGAGACAGAGCGAGCACGGAUCAGUGUUUUAAAGUUUUAACGUUAUAUCACUUUCCCAUCUAGUAAGGAUAACAGCACACUGUCGGAUUGGUUAAAGAAGCUUGAUAUAUUGCAGAGGCUCUACUAAAAGUCACCAAAAUGAGCCGCUACCACACUAUGCUACGUAUACGAAGGAGUUAUAAACUGGAAGGAAGGCCGAUUACAGAAGACAGAAAACUGAAGAGAGCGUUUUAUAGGUCUUUGUCUAUAGCUGUGGAUGGAAGGCCGAGGAAAGCUGUGGUGUCUGUAGGCCAGUGCAUACUGAUUGAGGGAGAUGACGAGGACAACCCGUUUGUUGCACAGCUUCUUAAGCUUUUCACUGAUGACACUGGAAAGAAGAAAAAGGCAGUGGUGAAGUGGUUCGUGCGUGUAAGUGAAAUACCAUCCAACAAAAUAGGGCUUCUGGGCAGAGACCCCCACCCUCAAGAAAUCUUUUACUACCAAGAUAGCUCCUGUGACAACGAGGUGGAUGCCGAAACCAUCCUAGGAGCAGUUCAGGUUACCCAGAUUCCUGCUGAGGCUCAGUUUCCAGAUGGGGCAAGCAAGGAUACUCUGUUUGUGAAGCUUUUGUGGGACACUAAGGCAUUUCGAAUUUUGGACACUGAGCUGUUUCAGUCUCCUCAGAGCCCCAGGUCUCCACCACCCGCCCAGCGUGCACCCAGACUUCGUUCUCUCCCCACCCCAGACCCCAGUGUGAUGAAGAGAGCCAUGACUGGCAUUGCAACCCGUGGCAGCAUGAGCACGGGCAAGAUAAACUCAACUGAGGCAGAGUCGGCCCACUCUGCUUCCAAGCUCUCUGCAGCCAAAGUACUGAAUGUAAAAAGGAGAAGCAGAGUCUCCUCAAAUCCAACCAUCCGCAAGAAGUUGGACCUUUGCAGUCCAAGUAAGAAGCUUACUAGGGAUGAUGUUCUUGGGCAGAUAUUGGACGAUGACCAGGAAAUGGAGGAAGACCUGGCCACUAAAAUGGGUGGUUCCCCACCUCCUCGUAUCUCCAUCACAAUCAGGCUCACUCCUCUUUCAAUCCCUCUUAAAUCCUCCACUGUAGAGGACAUGGACAAUGUCACCUCCAGCAGGGACUUUGAUGGGGUUCAGUCCCUAGAAGAUGAUGAUGUGUUUGAGAUUGGGUCAGUGCUUGCCAGUAAAGGCAGGACCCCUCGUAGGAGAGACUCCACUCCCAGGAGAGCCAGCCUUAGGGGACAGAAAACUCCCUCUAGAAGACGAGAGUCUACAACAGCCAGAGAGACGGCCCUUGCUGUGCUGGCUGAGGAAGAGCAUGAAGACUCUCCUGCACUGAGUGCUGCUACUCCCCGCUCUAAAAGGAAGUCAGCCCAGUGUGUCUCCUCCCGCAUCAAGAAGCAGCUGAAUAUGCUGAGUAACCAGGAUGAGCUGCAGUCCGAUGGCGAGGAUGCUGGUGACGAUGGCUGUUUCGUACCUACCAAGCUAGACCUAGAGAGCAGCAGUGAUGAGGAGGAAGAGGAGAUGAAAGGCGACAGUGAAGAUGAGCUUGUUGUGAAGAGGAGCAGACGUUCAACCUGCCCGAAAACUCCUCGCUCAACUGAAAAAAGAAGAGCGUCUGCAAGAACACCACGCAAAACUCCCAGCAAAAAGGCUGCUCCAUCUACUCCUCGAACACCUCGUCAUGCCACCCCUAGCAUUCCCGCCAGAAGUUUGCCAGCUCGAAAGCCAGGGAAUGUGCUCGAAGAGGCAAGGCUACGGUUGCACGUGUCCUCAGUUCCUGAGUCUCUACCAUGUAGAGAACAGGAGUUCCAGGACAUUUACAAUUUUGUGGAGAGUAAGGUCAUGGAUGGCACAGGAGGGUGUAUGUAUAUCUCCGGCGUUCCUGGCACAGGGAAGACUGCCACAGUGCAUGAGGUGAUCAGAUCUCUCCAGCAGGCAGCGGAGCAAGAUGAGAUCCCUCACUUCAACUUCAUAGAGAUCAACGGCAUGAAGAUGACUGACCCACACCAGGCUUAUGUUCAGAUACUGCAGAAACUGACCAAUCAGAAGGCGACGGCUGACCAUGCCGCAGCUCUGCUGGAGAAGAGGUUUAGUAUGCCGGCACCAAAGAAAGAGACCACAGUGCUGUUGGUAGAUGAGUUGGACCUUUUGUGGACCAGGAAGCAGAAUGUCAUGUACAAUUUGUUUGAUUGGCCAACAAGACGGCAUGCCCGCCUGGUGGUGCUGACCAUUGCAAACACUAUGGACUUGCCUGAGAGGAUUAUGAUAAACCGUGUGGCCAGUCGCCUGGGGCUGACACGCAUGUCUUUCCAGCCGUACACUUUUAAGCAGCUGCAGCAGAUUAUCACCUCUCGACUGAACAAAGUGAAGGCUUUUGAGGAGGAUGCUCUUCAGCUAGUAUCGAGAAAGGUGGCAGCUCUGUCAGGUGAUGCACGCCGCUGUUUAGAUAUAUGUAGGCGAGCCACAGAAAUCUGCGAGUACUCCAGUCAACGGAGCAGCACAGGAUUGGUUGGGAUGAGUCAUGUGAUGGAAGCUUUAGAUGAGAUGUUUUCUUCUUCCUAUAUCGCAGCAAUCAGGUGUACCUCUCUGCAGGAGCAGCUCUUCCUCAGGGCAGUGAUUGCGGAGUUUCGUAGGUUAGGUUUAGAAGAGGCCACAUUCCAACAGGUGUUUGUACAGCACCAGGCUCUGUGUCGAAUGGAGGGGUUGCAGCCGGUGAGUGUGUCUGAGGGUCUGGCUGUGUGUCAAAGACUGGGAGCCUGUCGUUUGCUCCUUCUGGAGCCCAGCCGUCUAGACUUGCUGCUCCGUGUUCGCCUCAAUGUCAGCCAGGAUGAUGUGCUGUAUGCCCUGAAGGCUGACUGAGAUCCUUACGCUGUGUAUUCUUCCCUGCAUGAAACUGUGGUUUUUGCACAAGAAUGUCAGUGGAACAUCAUUAUGGGCAUCUCCUUGUAUGGAUUUUUCCAGUUAAGGUUUCAGGAGAUUUUGACACACAAUUGUUCUGGCUUUUAAAAUAUAAAUGAGCCUCCUCCUAUGCUCAGCCUUUUGAACCCGAGGAAACUGGUUUUGUUUGAAUGAAAAUGUACAAUAAGCAAUUACGUGAUCAUGCUGCAAUGCAGUUUUUGCAGCAGUGGUGCUGAAGAGCACUUAGGGGUACGUAGUGGAAUAUCCAGGAUGGAUAGCAGGAUUGUACUUGGAAUCAAGUUAUUUUAAUUACAUAUUUGUUUUGGGUGCAAAAUACACUGAUUUAAUACAUUUUAUUAUUGGAGAGUGAAUCUCCCCCUAUUGUGUUGAGCACAUAAUGUCUGUCUUUUUAAGGUCUGUCUAAUUGUGUGUAAAUUUGGUCAUCUUUAAGUCGGCCAAAUAUUUUAUCUUUGUUGAUCUGUUUUAAUUUUCUUGAAGUCGCUAAUAAAAUUAUUGAAAAUUC